AGGGUCUCCGGCACGACCGUACUCCACACUCAUGCAGCACCAGCGACGAAUUUUCAUCGCGCUUGGCGCUUUCUUCGUGCUGGUACUUCUCUUCAACCUUCGAGGACACGCGAAAAAGGCGGUAGAGGGGCCCCUUAGAUAUUCGGGCGGCAGCCUCACAGGCGAGCCGCCAAACUACGACAAGCUGCGGGAGUGGGAGAAGAACCUGCCCCAACACAAUCUGUCGUUACCAUUUCCGGAGGGGAAGGCCGGACGCUACGUGAAGUUUUCAAAUCAGAUAAAGGCGCUCGGGUGGAAUAAUGUCCUUAACGAAAUUCUGUUAUGCACUCAUCUCGCUUACGAAUCGAAACGAGCCUACGUCUUCCAAGAUUACUACUGGAAACCAGAGUACUACCCAUGGCGCAUUACGAUCUGGCCUUGGGAAAGCGGUCCUCACUGGCCGCAGACUCCUAUCAACGCUCUGAUAUCUGGACCGACCGCCGGUGGUCCCUGGGAUGACGGCGACCCCGCUCCCCGGUCUGUCAGCGAAGCGUACUUCGACGAGGUCUGCCCACCGGAGGAGCGGCAAAUCAUAGACACCGAUACCAUCAAACCCGAAUUACAGGACGCCGAAGGCGAUGUCAUCCUGCGACGGUGGACGCAGGUGCUGGGGGACUCGCCGCACCGCUGCGUGGAGGUCGUGCCCGGAAAGAACGAUAAUUUCCCGCAGACGUUCGACCUGUGGCUGAUCGGGUACAAGCGCCUGCUGUCGCUCUGGCCGGUCUUCCAGGAUUCGCCGACAUCGCGAUUGUUUGGCACUGCACCGCUCGUGGCUGCUGCGGUGGACCGGAAUGAGUAUCUCUUCCUGCCGAGGGGCUCGCGGCCGCCGCGGUAUGGUCCGCACAGCCCCUACGAGCGGAUGCUGGCGCUGCACAUCCGCAGGGGUGAUUAUGAGGAUGCGUGCUACGGCCUUGCGCGCUGGAACUCGACCUUCUACGGGUGGAAUCAGCUGCCAUCGCACCCGGACAAGUUCGAGCCUCCCCCAGGCGGGUCGUGGGGUGAGAACACGCCAGAGAAUAUUGCAUUCUACCUUGAGCAUUGCUACCCGAACUUUGAAAAAAUCGUCGAGAAGAUACGAAACUCCAAGGCGGAGUAUAUCAACAACGGGACGGGCCGCGUGCUGGACGUGAUGUACCUGCUCACGAACGCGGACAACGAGUGGGUGGAGAACUUUAAGAGCGUGAUGUACGCGCACGGGUGGUCGACGAUCGUUACGAGCAAGGAUCUCGUGUUGGACGAUGAACAAAUUGGGGUGAACAUGGCGGUGGAUAUGGAGAUUGCGAGGAAGGCGGCGGUGUUUAUCGGCAAUGGGUGGUCUUCAUUCACGAGCAACAUCAUCCAUAGACGCCUUGUCGACGGCAAGGAGCCCCUCGCUAACCGCUUCUGGUAGCACCAGCGGACGGUUCAUUCCUCUUGUUCUUGCUUUACGUUGUCUUUCUUGCUUGGCUUUCGUGAACUGUUCUCUGCGGACUUUCUUGGUAUUGUAUCGUCGUAUUUUGUGUGAUCGUGAACUUACGUACCGUAGAGACCAUGAGUGUAAUAGAAUGCCCCCAGUACAUGAAUAUACCA